CAAAAAGCAGUGACGUCAUUGUCCUCUAACUUUCGGACAAAUUUUUCUUCUAUUAAAUUGUUAAUUAAUUGUUUCGAAGGGAACGCAUAGGAAUUUGGAAAUCCCAGAUGAGAACAGCAGACAUCGGUCUCUAUGGACAACCCAGGGGCGGUGGCUAUGCUCCGCUGCAGGAAGUGUCGUAAAGGCUUUGUAGACACAACAUGCCUGCAUCCGAUAGUGCCUGAUGAUGACACAACGGCAGCAGGUACAUGCAGCGUCUGGCACAUGAACGUUGAUACACUGCCAGAGUGGAUACUGACGUCAGUUCACCAGGCCCAGUGGACAGUGGGGAAGCUGAAUUGUGGGAACUGUGGUGCUCGCCUGGGUGGCUUCAACUUUCUCAACAACACCAAAUGCCCCUGUGGUCAGGAGUCCACUGUGCACCUUAGCAAGAGUCGGGUCGACCAGGACCACAAACGCUACCUUCAUGUGGUCAGACCGCAGACGACGAGAGGUAGGGGAGGACCGGGCUGCCUGAAGGGCGAGCCGGUGGGUUCUCACAGUGAGCAGUACAGGUCAGAAGUCGGGGAGGACUUUCUGGUUGGCUCACAGCUCUGCUGUACUUCUGUGUCUCGCCUUAACGCUGAGAGCCGACCAAUCACAACACACCCAGAUGCCUUUUUCCAGUUGGCUGACAUCAGAGCCACCCAAUCAGUUCCAUUGAGCUCCCCCAGCAUUGUUUCUCAUACGAAGUUUGGUGCGAGGGGCAGGUUGGAACCCUCCUGUAGCUCUGGCUCCCAGACUGGCCCUGUUGAAGUGACUGAGGGAGAGGUGAGGACUGGGACAGAGCAGCUGCCCUAUUCACCUGUUGUGUCCUACACCCCUCAUCUAUUUGCAACUAGUAUUAUUAGGUCACCUACCUGCCUAUCACGUCUGACUAGAGAGGCCCCUGGUUCUCGUCUUCUCUCCCUGAGAGGGCCAGGUGUCUCCCACAUCCCUAGAGAGCAGGAGGAGGCCGUGGAGGAGGAGAGAAGGGGAACCCCCACAGAGCUCCAGGCCCAGAUAGUAGCCAACAAUGCUUCUCCAACCAUACAAAGGUUCAGCAAGAAAGAGAAGAACCGGCUGAAGAGCCAGAGGAGGAAACAGAGGAAGAAAGAGCGCUGGCUCCACUCCCAGGAACAGAGUGUGACAGGGCUGCUAACAGACAGUGAGGAGGUGGACAGAGAGGGCUACACCUGUGCUGUGUGCCUGGAUGUCUACUUCAGUCCCUAUAGCUGUCACCCCUGUGGCCACAUCUUCUGUGAGCCCUGCCUCCGCACGCUGGCCAAGAACCGGCCAGCCAACACCCCCUGUCCCCUCUGCCGCACCCUCAUCUCACACACACUCUUUCAGAAAGAGCUCAACCAGAAAGCUAAGACUUUUUUCCCGAAGGUCUACCACUCACGGAAACACAACUUUCAAAAAUCCAACUAUGCUAAAUUGCCUCUUCCCAACUGCCCAAAACGUUUCCGCAUCUUUUGGGGGUACCAGGGGCAGGUGGCUCCAGGGAGGUGGUGGCACUUUGCCCCAGCAGGCUUCGCCCUGGAUGCCCUGGACCUGGCCGACAUGCGCGGCUGGUUCUUCGAUAUUGACCUGGUCAUCAUCUACAUCCACUCUGUCAACUGGAUACUGGCCCUGCUGGUUCUUUGCUUUCUAGCAUACCUCUUCUUGUCUUGAGUGCUGUUUGUGUAUUUAGCCAGUGAUGGCUGACCUCUAAAAAUGGUACAGCUGAGGUUUCUGGGUGAUGUAGUAUUGUGCCUAAUAGUGCUUACUGCCAGGUAACUCACCUGUCACCUCCAUAUGUUAACUGGAAUCAUGAGCAGUCCUGAGUGGAACUGGAACUGUGAGGUGUUUUUUUGUUGCAGUUGGGGAGGUCAUAUAUAUAGAAAUACCAGUACUCAAAUGAAGUUGUGUAGAUGGGCUUAUUUCAUAUUUUGUGAGAGUUUUACAUACAAUCUUUUCACUGUAAAUCCAAAAUUGUUUUAUGAGGGGUAGAAGUGUAAUAGAAGUGAAAACGAAAGGCCAAUAAUUAUUAUUGUUUAAAAAAAAUCAGGUUAGGAAAUGCACAGAGAUCUAUAAUAAUAGGCCUAUUUUGAUAGAUGUAUGACCAGUGGGCCCGCUCUGUCAAGGACUUCCCUCAGGUCAUCAACAUGAAGGUAGAAUAAUCACAUACAGUACCAGCCAAAAGUUUGGACACACUUACUCAUUCCAGGGUUUUUCUUUAUUUUGACUAUAUUCUACAUUGUAGAAUAAUAGUGAAGGCGUCAACUAGG